ACGCUUCCCUCCGACGUUCUCAUAAUUAAAACAUAUUGUCACCCGUGUCGGCGGCGCUACGUUUCAGCAGAGUGAACAAAUUCAAUCAGUCCGCCUUGUAUUCCGACGGUGUUUAGUUCGAUCGUUCCCUGGGAACCACGAAUAGACUCAAACAGGCUAAACGCUCGUUUGAUGUCUUGCCGCCUCGUUUUCGUCGCUUCGCUUCUUUUUCCCUCGAUGUCCUCCUGCAGUGCAGUAUCGCCGAUGACAAGGGACGCACGCUCGAUGCUCUAAGUACAAGGAAACAUCGACUUUCCGGAGAUAGGUGUACCGAUCGACGAACGACGCUGGUUCCCUUUGGAAAAUUCUGAUCACGAUUCGAGGAUUUACAAGUGGUACGAGGUAGUUAGAGGGAAUCAGGGACACUUGAGAUUCAGGCACUACCAUGGCGACGUUAUUACAUCGAAUCUACCAGGGGUACCUCUACAUUAACGACGAACUGUCAGAUCCCAGAACAGGGAACUACUUGUUCAUGAGUUCGCCAUGGACCACGCUCGCAAUAGUAGGCUUCUAUUUGUACUUCGUGCGCGAUCUUGGCCCCACCAUCAUGAUGAAGAGGGAGCCCUUCAAACUGGAGAAAGUGAUGCAGCUGUACAACGUCACGCAAAUAAUAAUAUGCGCGUAUAUAUUUUAUAAGGCAAUGGUUCUGGCUUGGCUGGAUGGUCACAACAUCAUUUGCGAGCCGGUCAACUACUCGACCGACCCGAAAUCGUUAGAGAAAACCAGGGUAGUGUGGUUGUUCUUCAUCGUAAAGCUGCUGGAUCUGUUGGACACGGUUUUCUUCGUUCUCCGGAAGAAAGGGAACCAGAUCUCGUUCCUUCACAUCUACCAUCACGCGGGGAUGGCGUUCGGCACGUGGGCGACGACGAAAUUUUUGCCCGGCGGCCAUCUCAUCUUCUUGGGCACAGUGAACUCGUUCGUCCACGUGGUGAUGUACAGCCAUUACCUGGCGACUUCGCUGCGGAUAGGCAGAACCUGGUGGAAGAAGUACAUCACUCAGCUGCAGAUGAUCCAGUUCGCGAUGCUGCUCAUUCAUUACGUGGUGCUGGUGUUCGUGGAGGACUGCGGCUUCCCGAAGUGGACGGCGGCGGUGCUCAUUCCGCAGAACGUCUUCAUGAUGGUGCUGUUCGGUGACUUUUACUAUAAAACGUACAUCAAGAAGAAGACGCCGAAGGUCAGUCAGAACGGCGUCGGCUCGGAAGCGGCGAACGGCAAACCCAAGAGCCAAUAGGCCGUUCACCGGAAGCAUGGCCGUGCCUCCGGAGCACGUUGCACGUUUCGACGCGCGAAUCCGCCCCGAAGCCGGGGCGCGAACCGAAGGUACGCCGCAGAGAUGACAAGGCUAGCUAGGUUCUACGUGGCACAUCUGCGUUUAUCUUUCACAUUUUUCGAUAUUUAUUCUCAGCAUCAGCGGCUUGGAUUCUCGGCUGUUGUGUAAAUUUGUAGAUUUGUGAAUUUUAACGUACUGUGUACUGGUUAAUUUUGAGAAAACUGAAUUGUGCAAUUUUCAGUGAGGUCAACUUGUAUUAUGCAUAGAGAAACUCGGAUGUGUUGUUAUGUAAUAUAUUUUAACACGGUGAAUGCCAUCGAAUUACUACAAUUCGCUUAAUGAAACGAUGAUUGUCUGAAAACAUUCCUAUAUCGCAAAUAAUGCUAUCUAAUCGAACGUGCAAUGAUAACAAUGCAAUUCAAUCAGAUGAUUUAAUGCUAUACUUUUUCCAUUUCGAGUGUUUUGUACUAUGA